UGGUUUAUUGUUAGAUAAGUUCUCAUUUAGAUAUCGUUUGUAUGUCGUAUAAUUGACAGAAGCAGCUCGAUUCGGGCAACCAAUGUCACUUUGACGUUAGAAUCGUAGAUAGAUCUUAUUGGGAUCACAGCGGAAUCUAAAUAAACGUCAAUUUUGACAUGUCGUUUAGUUAUCGAUCUUUUAAAGAUAUUUCCAAGAUCUUUAAAGUGUCUUAAUCAUUCUUCGAAUCGGGCCGCUAGUCAAUCAGUUAACGGGUUAGCACUGAUUGACUAGCACGUUAUCUUUUCGCGGAUUAGCAAAGUAAUAUUUUUGUUUUAAUUAAUAAAAUGAUCUUUAAUGAAAAAUGUAUUAAAAUAAACUCAUAUUUUCUUGAAAGUCUCCUAAUAGUUUUUGCUUCAAGGGAAUUGCAUUGUCCGCGUUCACUAACUGAUUUCAAUCUAGAUUUAAUCGUGGUGCGAUGUCGACGUCUUGAAAAUGGAUAUAGUGGCAGUAUUACUUUUGGUUUUGAUUAACGCCAAUUCUACAGUAAGCAGAAAUAUCUUAAGCAGGCGAAAUACAGAUCUCACAAAACAGAUAAAUUCAGCAGAAAAUGACCUGACGCGUAUAAAUCUACCAACGCCUACUGACAAUAAAGAUAAUACAGAAAUUGGCAUAAAUAUGGAUUUUGCAACGCAAAUGACCAACAAACAAGAUAUAACAGAACCAACACAACCGGGUUUGGAUUCACCACAUGAGAAACAUGAAAAUAUACUAAGCUACAAUGAUGCGUCUUAUGAGAUAAAUGGAAAUAUACCAGGUGAACGUAACGUAGCUAUAGAGAAACAAGCAUUGAGGAUGACUUCGUACAAGUACUUUGAAGAGAUUGUAACGAUGUCAACGUUUAGAACUACUAGUGAGGACACUCUGAGCUGGCUUUUGAAACAGCAUCUUCCCUUUCCUCACCCAGCCCCAGACAAAGUAGGUCAACUGAACAAGGACUUAAUGAUGCCAGUGACCGAACCGUUAUGGAGAUUCGAAGAUUAUGACGAUGAUCGGUCUAUAAAUAAACAAAUCAAAGAUGAUGCCACCACUUGCGAAGCGCAGAGGGUUAGUUGUGUCGGAGAUACGGAAUAUAACCAGCCAGUAUGCGUAUGGGAUCUGACUAUUCCUGAAAUUGACAGUAUAAAUAAGCACUACAGGACAAAAGGUUUCCACAGUUUCUGCGAAGUGACAUACAGAAACUGUCUGAAACGAUAUGAACUAACGGGCAAAAAUUAUGCCGACCAUUAUUCUGAAGAUUACUUGGAGUUUUAUCACUACGGCUGGUGCCAUCGAUGUCCAUUAUUGAUAUACUGUCCAUCGGGAUGAUUUGACAUAUAACUUGCUUAAUACGAUCACGUUUAAUACAAUUUCUUGUGUAAUGUCAUAUAUAUAACUGGUCCCUGCAAUUUUAAUAAUUAUAUCAAAUAUCAAACAUUUAUUCAGCAAAUAGGCCACAGAGGCACUUAGACGUGUUAUUUUUUUUACAAACAAUUAAAAUAACAAAAUAGAAUUAUAAAUAUCCAAUCAAUGAAAUAAUAUAUAUUUUAUUAGA